AUGAACGCGGGAAUUCUGCAUUUUCUGAGAAAUCGUUGUAGAAAUUUUAAAAAAACCUUUAACAUAACCGUACAAAGGAAUACGAGAAUUCGUCAACGUUUGGUUGAUAUAGCUCUAGAGAAACUUAGACUGCAAGAUGAAAUAUGGCACUACACAGAUUUGAAUUCAUCUCUGUCUUCAGAAAUCAAAGAACUUCAAAGGAAACUAGCCAGUUUACACAAUGAAAACCAUUGUAGUAAUGAAAAUGCCAAUAUUGGGAAUUUGGAACCAAAGAGAUUGCAUGGAUUGGAUUCAGAUAGAAUUCAUAAACUUUCUUUAAGAAAUCAAGAUCUUAAUAAAGUGGAGACGAAUAAAAUUGAAUCACAAGGAAAAGAAAGAGCGGAAGAAAAUACUUCAGGAAAAUUAUCCCUGAGAAAUGAUGCAGGUUCUACAACUACCACCAGUACUACCACUGCUGGUAUUAGUAGCAGGGACAUAAUUGCUCAAUGCAAAGAAGUACCACAGGAGUGUAGAACUUCGUGACAGAUAAGAUUUUCUUCCAUCACCAUCGCAGAUUACUUGGUCAUGUUGAUCGCCAGAAAUGCUUUUCAUUCCUUAGAAGCUAAUAUUGUUAUUAUUACUAUUAUUAUUACAAUCAAUAUUACUUGGUGAGUAAAAACCUUAUUUUAUUAUAAAUUACCCAAAUAUACUUUCGACUAUUCUCUGUGCUAAUUUGUUUUAUCUGUUCGUCUUCUUUUUGCAUAUUUUGUGGUAAAAAAAACAAACGAUAAAUAGAAAUUGUAAAUAUCCCUUCUUGUU